UUGCAAUAAAGAGAGAACAAAAAAGAAAGAACAUAGUGAUUACUAAUAAAUAUUUUGGUCAGGGAUCUCUGUGAACACGUUUUCUGUCUUGAAAAUCAAACUCUUCUGAAUUUUCUAACUCAUAUUCUGUCAAUGGAGAACGCGUUAGGUCUGCUCAAAAUUCAUGUUCAAAGAGGAGUCAAUCUUGCUGUUAGAGAUGUAGUUAGCAGUGAUCCUUAUGUUGUCAUCAAAAUGGGGAAACAGAAGCUGAAGACUAAGGUAGUGAAGAAGAAUCUGAAUCCUGAGUGGAAUGAUGACUUGACUUUAUCCAUUUCAGAUCCUCAUACUCCCAUUCAUCUACAUGUGUACGAUAAGGACCUAUUUAGCAUGGACGACAAAAUGGGGGACGCUGAGUUCGACAUUGGUCCAUUUUUUGAAGCGGUAAAGAUGCGUUUGGAAGGUCUCCCAAAUGGUACUAUAGUUACAAGGGUACAACCUAGCAGAAAAAAUUGCUUAGCAGAAGAGAGUCACAUUGUUUGUGAAGAUGGCAAGGUUUCACAAAACAUGGUUCUUAGACUAAGAAAUGUCGAAUGUGGCGAAGUGGAGCUUCAAUUGCUUUGGACUGACAUUCCUGGUUCAACGGGUUUGUAGGUUUCAGAAUAUUUCAAGGCAUGUUAUUGAUAUGAGAGUUGUAACUCCGUAAAUCAACAGCACCCUAUGCUGUAAUUUCUCAUAUAUUUUGAACUUUUUAGUGGAUCACAUAAUUUACAAAUCGUUCAACAUGUUGAAUUGUCUUAUUUCUGCUGAGCUGUUACUGAUUGUGUAGCAAUGACUAGUAGUGACUAUUAAGUAAAAAGAAUGGGAGGGAAAUGCUAUAGUUGUUUCCUUUGCAGAAUUUUAGACUUUGCAAUGUGUUAGUCCUAUGUGAUGUACAAGAAACAUGAGAAUGAUCAAAUUGCAUAUGCAAUUAAGAUCUAUCAGAUGAUGAUGCAUGUGAUAAGUUUAGACUUUUCCCAAUAAUUUUAA